AUGGUCCAAGGAAAAAAAAUUCUUGUGACUGGAGGAGGAGGAUAUUUUGGCCACAAGCUGGGGAAUGAGCUGAAGAAGUUGGGAGCAGUGGUUGUAUUGUUUGACAUCUCGUGGCCGUUGGAUGAUGUUGUGUACCAGCAAAUGGAGUGUUUUCAGGUAGAGACUUGAUCGGUAAAUUACGUAAUUCACUUUGAUUAUUUUGCCAAAACAACUCCAUUCGGAUCUUGCCUUUGUGCUACGGACAGACGAAAAUAUUAAAUUUUAACAUGGCGAAAAUGCGUGGAAGUUAUUUGAAUUUGCUGUGUCAGACACCCGGUGGUGGGAAGUCUUUUCUAAACAUUGGACACCCGCCAUUCUAGAAUUCUCAUAUAAUUUCCACUUCACCUUACGAAUGAUAAUGUGAUAUCAGGAAUUAAGUGAAUUUUUUUAAAAUCUAAUGAUAAAGUUAAGUCUCAUUUAAUGUCAUAAGAUUCAUAUUUAUGUUUUAGGGGGAUAUAACAAGUAAAGAAGAUGUAAGAAAGAUAUUUAUCAGUCAUCAGAUUGAUGUGGUUUUUCAUAGUGCAUCAUAUGGAAUGUCUGGAAGAGAGCAAGUUAGUAGGUUGUACUUAUUGAGUGAAUGGUAUGGCCAGACAAAAAUACAUUUGCCUCUGGGUUGUGGAUUCAAAGAUGUGUAGAACUCUGUCUCUGUGCUUGUUUCAAAUGUCACAAUUUAGAGAUAAAUGUAUCUCUGUCUGCUCUGUCUACUCUGUCUGCUUCGUCUGCUCUGUCUUUUUCUAGUCCAACCCUACUCAGUCAAAACUGAUUCUUUUAGACUGAAAUCCUGUGCAGUGGAUGUACCAAUACUGCUUGUUGCCUUUGCUCCUUAACUGGAAUAAGCUGCGACAUGAUUGUUCAUUGGGUAGCAAGCUGUCCUUCACCUUAAAUCCUGUUCAUAUCGGUAUCCAUAUUCUCCAUACUGUUCCCUAUACAUAUCCCAUGGUACUGAUAAAGAGAAUCUGUUUGACAAUCAAAGUAUUUGUAAUCUGGUGAUCAUUUCCUUUAUUCUAAUGAUACUAAUGAUUGUUUGACUCAGGGGGGAUACUGUUAGGAGAAUUUAGAUGCUAGUCAUGUUAAGGGAUUAAAGGGUGUUUCUCAGUUGGACUGUUCUUGGGCAUGGUCCACAUUGAGAUGGCUGUGGUAGAAAUAAUCUGGAACUGGAAUGGGACUUCCACUCUUCAACUGGUGAUGUGUUUGCAACUCAGGCUCUUGUGGCAUCUGGAUGUAUUUUAUCUUGAAAAACAGUAGAUCAAGAUGAAAUGAAGGGAAAAAAUGGGAUCAAUUUUAAAAUUAAACCAUGCUUUAUUUUAAAUUAUUUGUGUUAUUUUUAGUUACGCAGAGAACAAAUAGAGAAGGUCAACAUUCCAGGAACAAAAAAUGUCAUUGAAGGUCUGUAAAUUCAGUAACAUGUAAAACUUGGCUUGGAAUUAAAGUUUACGCAGGAAAAUUGUUUGAUUUUGAAUUAUUCGUUAAUUCUCUUCAAACAAACAAUACCAUUCUUAAUGAAAAUGUCUAUACAAGUACAUAUAAUGUGGUGUUUGAAGGACAGGUUAUCAGAAAUAGAGAUGAGAUUUUAUGCCAUAUUUACUGCUAG